CAUAUGUGUGUGUGUAUAUAUAUAUAUAUAUAGGACAUUGCACAUCAUUUGCGGGUGUUAGGGAGAUGUUCUCAAUUUGGGGGAUAUUCCCGGAACUUUGGGGAGAGAUGGGAUGUCUGCAGAUAUCCUAAUUGCUAAUUAAUUUAAAUUCCGACUUAGGCGACUGGGGAGGCUCUGUCGACCCAUGAUAUUCAUUAUGUACGGUAACUCUCCUCCAGCAUCUUUUACAUACACACUUGAAGCAGUUAACAGUUAACUCGGUCGUCCUAGGAUAACUCCGUUGCACAGUACCACCGUGUGGUCAUACAGGGUACUGCCACUUGCUGAGACGGACCUGCGCACUGACUUGCACUUUCACUUUACAGUUCGGCAGAGCGAAUUAAAGCUCCGGCCAGCUGACUGCUCGGUUUUUCUCAGUGAAAUGUUAAGACGGGCCUGGGCACUGUCGCUUCAUAUUAACAGUCGAGCCGCAACACAAAACUUCAACAAGAUAUUCUCGAGACUGGAGAAGAUUCCAGUCGCAGAGAGCAGCAGAGACGUCGGAGGCUUCCCUCUCCCACCUAGAAAAACGUGCCCCUCCCCGGGGAACGUAAGGACUCCCCAGCACUGCUCCAGGACCACUUGUAUAGUCGGUCUCUGCAUGGCAUCAGGGGGUGAUGCGCAGAACAGCCGACCUGGACAUUCAGGAAGAUACAUAAAUCGCUUGAGCAAAGAGAGAUCACCAUAUCUGCUGCAACAUGCACAUAACCCAGUGGACUGGUUUCCAUGGGGACAGGAAGCAUUCGACAAGGCAAAGAAGGAAGAUAAGCCUAUAUUCCUGUCAGUGGGGUAUUCUACCUGUCACUGGUGCCAUGUGAUGGAGAGGGAGUCUUUUGAGGAUGUGGAAACUGGCAAGAUCCUCAGCGACAACUUUGUUUGCAUCAAAGUAGAUCGGGAGGAGCGGCCAGAUGUGGACAAACUUUAUAUGACUUUUGUCCAGGCGACCUGUGGGGGGGGAGGAUGGCCAAUGAGCGUAUGGCUGACCCCUGAGCUUCGACCUUUUUUGGGGGGCACAUACUUCCCUCCUGGCGAUAGUGGACGCAGACCUGGAUUUAAAACUGUAUUAUUGCGAAUUAUAGAGCAGUGGCAGAGCAACAGGGAGGCUCUUGAGUCCAGUGGGAAGCGGGUCAUUGAGGCCCUCAAAAAGGCCACAGCUAUCGGCGCCCUGCCGGGCCAAGCCCCUCCACAUGCCCCCGGAGUGGCCCAGAGAUGCUUCCACCAGCUGGCACAGUCUUAUGAAGAAGAGUAUGGGGGAUUUAGGGAAGCGCCAAAGUUCCCCACACCAGUCAACCUGAUGUUCCUCAUGUCGUUCUGGGCGACGAACCGGUCCACAUCAGAGGGGGCGGAGGCGCUGCAGAUGGCUCUCCACACAAUGCGGAUGAUGGCCCUAGGUGGCAUUCAUGACCAUGUGGCGCAGGGUUUCCACCGCUACUCCACGGACUCCUCCUGGCACGUUCCUCACUUUGAGAAGAUGCUGUACGACCAAGCGCAGCUGGCGGUGGCCAACAUCACCGCCUAUCAGGUGUCCGGGGAGCAGCUCUUCGCAGAUGUGGCUCGGGAUGUGUUGCGCUACGUCUCCAGAGAUCUGAGUGACAAGUCCGGAGGUUUCUAUAGCGCAGAGGAUGCAGACUCUUUCCCCACGGCUGGGGCUGCUGAGAAGAGGGAAGGUGCCUUCUGUGUAUGGACAGCUGGGGAGAUCAGGGAGCUACUCCCGGAACCUGUAGAGGGCGCCACUGGGGGAGCCAGUCGGGCUGACAUCUUCAUGCACCACUACGGUGUCAAAGAGCAGGGCAACGUGGACCCUACCCAGGACCCUCACAGCGAGCUGUCGGGGCAGAACGUGCUUAUCGUGCGCUAUUCUCUGGAAUUGACGGCUGCCCGCUUUGGCCUGAGUAUGGAGGAGACGGAUGAGGUGUUGGCAGAGGGCAGGAGGAGGCUGGCAGAGGUGCGGAAGACCAGGCCUCCACCUCACCUGGACACUAAGAUGCUUUCCUCCUGGAACGGGCUGAUGCUGUCAGGGUUUGCGCGCGUCGGCGCCGCCCUAGGGGACAAGGCACUGGUGGAACGGGCGGUACGCACUGCCCAUUUCUUAAGGGAUCACCUGUGGGAUGAGGCCAAAGGCCGGAUCCUGCAUGCCUGCUAUCGCGGCGACAAAAUGGAAGUGGAGCAAAUUGAAUCCCCUAUUGCAGGCUUCCUUGAUGACUAUGCCUUUGUGAUCUGUGGCCUACUGGACCUGUAUGAGGCCACGCUGAACACGUUCUGGCUUGGCUGGGCUGAGGAGUUACAGCAAGGGCAGGACCAGCUCUUCUGGGACAGCCAGGGCAGCGGUUACUUCUGCAGCGACCCCAGAGACCCUACAUUGCUGCUGGCACUCAAGCAAGAACAGGAUGGUGCUGAGCCCAGUGGCAACUCUAUCUCUGCGAUGAAUCUGCUCCGUCUGUCCCACUACACGGGCAGGCAGGAAUGGGCCUCUCGCUUGGAGCAUCUCCUGACCGCGUUUUCCGAUCUCGUGGUCAAGAUGCCCAUCGCCUUGCCGGACAUGGUCCGUGGCCUCAUGGCCCAGCACUACACGCUGAAGCAGGUUGUUAUCUGCGGCCAGCCCGACUCUGAGGACACCGCAUCCCUGGUUUCCUGUGUCAAUGCUCUGUUCCUGCCCCAUAAAGUCUUGAUGCUGGCAGAUGGCGACACAGACGGCUUCUUAUACCAGCGGCUGCCUGUCCUUGCCACCCUGAGGGCCCUGGAGGGCAGAGCGACUGCCUACGUGUGCCAGAACUUCACCUGCACCCUCCCCGUUACCUGCCCUCAGGAGUUGCGGAGGCAGCUGCUGGAGUGAGGCGCGCAGCCCCCGCGGAUGACCCGGACGCCGGAGCCGAGGGGGAGGGGGCCUCGUGCAGAGUUCUGUAGCAGCUAAGCUUUGCCUUCAGAUCCCUUGAUGUACCCUGCAAAGACAAACAGCUACAGAAGCAACAGAGUUCAUGCCAUGAAUAGAUACCAGCUUGGAGAGAACACGUUCAUUAAGCCCCGCUGAUGCUCUGAGAGCUCACUGGAUAAAUUGUAGCAUAGGAUUAGGGAUUCUCUUCCAAAAGCUGGCCCCUCAAUGUCAUGCAGUCGUCCCUUCCGUGUUGCACACCAUCUCCCGACUCUCUGGGCUGUAGCAGAGGUGCUUUGCCUUUGCUCAUCACUUUGUAAAUAGUGGAAGCCGAAUGCAAGGCAGUGGGAUGGAGCGACGGGAUGAGUGUCACUACGGAUGUGGCUGUGAGCCCGGGGCGGCCCUUUCCUGCCAGUGUUUUCCUCACCAGCGGCAGGAUAAACAGUCAUGCCGAACAUGUACAGCACUGCUUCAAAAAUAUGAUGAAAGCCAUAGCCUUUUACCUGAAGGAUGAAUUCACUGUGUCAUUGGAGCAAACGUAACGUCAAACCAAAAUAGCAAGAUGGGUGAUAUUAAGGAUGUGGUCAGUAUUGUAGGGCUAAAAUUACUGCUUUUAGAGGUGAGCCGUCUGUCACAGUCACUGUAGCCUCCAUCUGCAUAAACCCAGCUGUCUUUCUCAGGUCGACACGAAAAUGCUAAAUAUGACAUGAAACCUCUUCUCUGUUUCCUAAUUCUCAUAGAUGCACUUUGAGGCAGGGUACAGAUGUCUUUCUUGGUGCAGUGGUAUUAAAACUCUUCCAAAGACUCGAA